UAUGAUGCGUGUGAGAUAUCCCGUGCUCACGACGUCGGCGCCGCAAAGCCGCAGCCUGGCGGAGGGGAGGGGAGAAGGGAAUUAGUAGAAGGUAGCAAUGGGGAAGCGCCGGCGCGCAGCGGUGCCGGCGGUGGAGGAGCUGAUUUCUCCGGUGAACAGCCUGGACGACGGCUGCCUCAUGCACAUCUUCAGCUUCCUCAGCCCGAUUCCAGAUAGGUAUAACACCGCCCUCGUUUGCCACAGAUGGCGCUUCCUUGCAUGCCAUCCUCGGCUAUGGUUGCGUGUUGAGAGGCCAAUCAGAGAUGUGAUGGAGCCUGGAGUUUAUCCGAAUCUUGAGGCCGCCGUUUCUGCUGCUAGGCCUGGUGACACCAUUCUUAUUGCGGCUGGUGGUACUCAUGUUGCAUGUAACAUCCAAAUAAAGAAGCCUAUUUGCAUCAUUGGCGGGGGUGAACUUCCCGAUGACACUGUAUUAACCUGUUCACGUGGCUCCGACAAUGCAUUGGAGUUCCUAUCAACAUGCAAGAUUGCAAAUUUGACUAUAAGAGCAGAGCUUGGAUGCUGCUUGCUGCAUCGAAGCGGUAGAUUGACUAUUCAGGAGUGUUUGCUGCAGUGUGAGCAAAACCCUUUGGACUAUCUGUCCUUUCCAAUAAUCAGCACAGCAAUAGAGUAUAAUUCAUUUCCAUCCCUCAAGGAGCAAGGGCAUGGUGUAACCGUUGUUCGCACCCGGAUUGAAGGGGGUGCGAAGGCUGUCAGGACGAACGGAACGCUCGCACUGCAGCGUGUGCGGGCCAUCUAUUCCCGCAGUUCUGUUUUCUUCUGGUUCGAAGUAGGAGAAAAGUAAAUAAUGCUGUACACUAACAAUAAGCUGUUGCAUUCCUGUAUGUGUCAUCCUAGUCUGGUAAACUCACCCUUGUAUUCCUGUUUGCUGUAACUUAUGAUAACUGCUUUGAUGUUCGUCUCCACAAGAAACAUGUUGCUGUUUGGAAGUUUGGUGGAGUGUACAAAUUCACAGUUGUCAUUGAUAAAAAUUUUCCCUAGUUUUCGGAUCGGCUGCA